ACGAAUUUGUGUCCUGCUGGUUUAGUUAUUUUAUCGUGUUAUCUGCUUUUAAAACACCCACAAAAUGCCUUUUAAACGUUCGCCUAUGCGCUACGCGCACAUUAUGGGCUAUACCAGCGUUCUUUAUCAGGAAGACGGAGACUGCAUUAUCAGCGUAGGACACGAUGGUGACUUCCGAAUCUGGCACGGUAUUGGGGACGAUGACCCACCGACGAGCUGUGUCGGGGAGCAUGUCUGGUCGGCAUUACAGUACGGUGACCGAGUGCUGAUUGCCACCGACCUGAACACCGUGCAGGCUUACAAAUACCCUUCGCUCGAUAAGGAUGGCAUCGAGUUUCGAUUCACCGCAUACGCUACGAGCAUUGUAAAAAACAAACGUUUUAUUGCAGCCGGUUCGGAAGAUGCGACGAUAAAAGUGCACUCGAUCGCGGACGGAGAACAGUUCGAGCUGGAGAAUUUGGGCGGGCCCGUGCUUAGUAUGGACGUUAGCAAGCAGGAUCUACUGGCGGCCAGCAUCGGGAAUGGGAAACUGUGCGUGUGGGACCUGAAGACGAAGGAGUUGAAGAAAACCUUCGAAGGACUAGCGAAAGUGAAGAGCUUUGAAGCAGUUCUCAAUUUUGCUUCGCCAAGCUUUGAACCGAAAACGGGAUCAAUGCUCGCAUACCCGAAUGGAAAGGAUGUGAUCAUCGUUAGCACAUCUAGCUGGGAAAUGGUGAAGAAACUGGUAAAUCCGAGCCUCACAUCGGAACUCACCGUAUGCAAUUACUCACCGAUGGGAGACUACAUCGCAGCAGGCAGUGAAACGGGCGAGCUGGUCGUUUGGGAUUGCGAAACGCGCAAACCGAUCGAUGGCGCGAGCUCGUUUGAUGCGAAUCCGGUCACAAAGAUCGCCUGGAAUCCGAAGAACAACGGAGAGCUUGCAAUAUCCGAUGGCAACGGGCAGGUUGGUACGGUGACGGACAUUUUCAUCGAUGGUGGCGAGGAUGAUGAUAUGAAUGCGGGUGAUAUUGUGGAGAUGACGGAAAAGGAGGAAGAUAAUGCCAACGAUGAUCCAUUAGACGAUCUCUACGGUGUUGCAGUCGCAAAAGGCAAAGGAAAGAAAGGUGGCGAGAGUGAUGCAGAGUUGGACGAUGAUGACGAGGAUAAUGAGAAUUGCAUUGAGUUGGAAAAGCUGAAAUCGCAGAUCAUGGGUGGCACACAAGCAUCCCGGGAUACUCAUUCGGAGAUGGAUGAUGAGGACGAUGCGGAUCGGGCUACCGUACGGAGUGAGCGAGUCGUGGUGCCCAAGUCCUAUCCUCAGCAGCAACCGUUCCAACCGGGUGCUAGCCCUCAUGUGAACGAACACUGCUAUCUGGUGUACAAUCAUGUCGGUAUCGUGCGACGUCACGCGACGGAUAAGGAAAACUCGAUCGAGGUUGAGUUCCACGAUUCCCAGCAGCAUCACGGUAUCCAUUUGAACAACUAUCUGAACCACACGAUGGCCGGAUUGAGCGAAACGGUCCUAGCGAUGGCAUCACCCGCAGAGGAUGGUAAUCCCAGUAAGGUAGUGUGCAUCAAUCAGGCCGCAUUCGGUAAGCGCGAGUGGAGCUACACGAUGCCGGGUUUCGAAGAGGUUGUGGCCGUUACCGCUUCGGAUAAGAUCGUCGUCGUUGCCACCGAUAGUCGGUUGUUGCGCGUCUUCACGGCUCGUGGUACCCAGCGGGAAGUGGUUUCCGUCCCGGGACCGAUCGUUGCGCUGGCCGCGUACGGCGAUCACUUCCUGGUCGCGUACCACAGUGCCCCUGCUAACGAGGAUCAACACAUUUCUCUGAUGAUUGUGACGUGCGUGAAUUUUAAGCUGAGGUGCCGGGAAGUGCACGUACCGUUGUCGGCCCGGGCAGAGUUGCGCUGGCUUGGCUAUUCGGAUCGAGGAUCGCCCAUCGUCUACGAUAGCCUCGGCAUGAUGAACCUUUACCAUGCCUCUUCGAACAUAUGGUUGCCGAUUUAUCAUGCAGACAAUCUGCCAUCGAAAGGAGCCUCAGAUACGCUGCAUAUCAUCAAAGUGUGCGAGUCGACCCAGGACGUACAGCUAGUGCUGUGCCGUGGCGCACGGUAUCCGCUAACGAACCCGAAACCCAUCCCGAUGGAGGUGAAGUUUACGUUACCGAUUUGUGAUCCGGAUAGCGAGAAGGACUGCCUCGAAGAUGAGUUGGUGCGAUCGCUCUACCUGAAGGUGAACGAUGCUGACAAAGUCCUCAAGGAAACGGCGGUCAAGUUGUUCGCUCUCGCCUGUAAGCAUGAAAGUGAACAACGGGCCAAGGAACUGGUGGAGACGAUUGCUUCGAGUCAGCUCAUUCCGCUGGUGAUUAAAUAUGCGAGCAAAAUACGUCGUUAUCAUCUGGCGGACAGUCUGGCACCGCUGUUGCCGACCUUCCAGGAGCAGGAAAAUCAAGAGGAAAAGCUGGAACAGGAAAGCGCACGAGAGAAUGUGGCCAUUGUGAGUGAACUGCAGCACAUCAAUCUUGAGGCGGUCACGAAGAAGGACACGACACCGAAAAUAAAACCGCUUCCAGUUGGCACUAAACGAGCAAGCAAUCCAUUCCGGAAAUCGGCGCUAGCGGCCAGCGGUAGUGAUCCUUCAUCAUCGCCCGCAUCGUCGUCGUCGCUAUCGUCCAAGAACGGCUCCACCGCCAGCAAUCCGCUCGAGCACUUGACGGGCAAAGCGAUAGGUUUUGGCAGCAGUUCCACAGCGGCAAGGAAGACGGCGGGUGGCGAGGAUGGUCAGGAUGAGAAUCGGGCACAAAAUGGGGGCAGCAGUGUCGGCACCCCCGGUGGAAUGAAAUUCAUGCCCUGGUUCGAGCAAAACCGAACGGAGCUUCAGGGUCGCCACCCAGAGUUGGACGAAUCGGAGCUGAUCAAAAUAGGAAUGCGAGAAUUCCGGACGCAGCAGCAACAGAAACAGGUCACCACUGCGGGACAGAGCCCAGGCACACCGGAUACUAGCAGCACAUCGAAGGUGGCGGCAGAGAAGCGAAAACUCGAUGAAACGGAUCGCCCGGAAAGCGGUGUCUCGAAGCUGGCCAAGUUUGGGUUCGUUAAGCAGGCUUAGCAGGCAGUUGGUUCAAGGACCG